CGAAUUCGAUCAUCGACUUUAGUUACUAUGGUUCGACUAAACCGUGAUCGAACUCACUAUAGUCAGCGGAUGUUACAUCAUUUUGGCCACUAAAGGCAGACCUACGUGUUUACUGUGGUUUUAAUGGCUGCCAAAAAUGUCGGAGAUGAAAUCAAUUGUUAUCGAGAAGAAGGAUGGACAAAAAUACAAGUUGACAGUUCCGCGAGAUGUUAUAAAUAUUCUGCAGUCAAAGCAAACAGAUCCAUCAGUUAAAGACAUGAUUACCAAAAGUUUGUUGAAUAGUGUACAAAGUAAAUCAUCAAGUCAACCCUCCAUGACUACCUCUUCCCAGACUAAUUCUUCGUCACUAAGAAAUUUAAGUGCAGUACCAAAGCAAUCUACUACCUCAUCUGAUGCCUUCUGUUCAGAGCAGGAUACCCCUUUGCCCUCACAGAGAAGAGUAUUACAGUCAAUACAGUGUCGCAACACUUCUCCAUCCAUGGCCAUCACUACUAGUCAGACUACAUGUAGCACAUCAACGUCACAGGAGCCUGAAGGUACCUCUCAGUCCUCUGUCCACACUUGGAAAGAAAACGAAGAGGAUGUGCUCGUUUCACUAAGGCAUGAUCAUGAAAUGCACAACAAAUUCUUAAAAUCCAAAAAUCACAACCAGUUAUGGAUGGACAUAAGCACUGAAAUAAAUAGACAAUUAGAAUGUCACAUAACACCAACCCAGGCCGCUAAUAAAUAUAAUAGUUUAAAGAAGAGAUGGAAAGAGGUAAGAGACAGUGGGACAGGCACAGAAAGGAAACAUUUCAGACAGAAGGAGGCAUUCGAUGUCAUGUUUGGCACAAAGGCCAGCACAGAACCAGCUUUCAUAGUUGAUACACUGAAAGAAGGUGAAAAUUCAAAAUGCAUCAAUGAAAAAAAAAUGUUCUGAAAAAGGGAAGGAAAGAAUUCAAAGACCUGUGAAGAGAAAAUCCCAAGAGUUGAUGGAUGUUCUGAAAAAUCAACACACAGAAUUCCAAGAAAAAAUUCAAGAAUUCCACGGGGAAUAAAUGCAACGUAUGGACCGAAUGUUAGAUUUAUAUGAAAGAGAAAUGGAGUACAAAAUGUCAAAACAUGACAAACAAUGAAGCAAAAUCUAAUGGAUAUAUCAAAUUCAAAUGUUAAUAACUAUUAUGACAAUUUUUUUCUUUAUUUUCUUGUCAAAUUACAAGGUAAUUAUGGGUAUCAUUGUACCUAUGUCUGACAUGUAACAUUAAUUUUCUCAUUUGGCCAAAGUUUUCCAUUUUAAUCCUUCUCUCAGGAGGAAGUAUGUGAAUUA